AUGCGGCUGCUUUGCCGGACGUGGCUCCUCCCCGCGUGCUUCGCAGCGGCUGUGCCUUCCCCGCCCAGCAGCGGAGCGGCCUCGGCGGCACCGCAGGCGUUUUGGGCGUGGUUGGUGGACGAGGGAGUGCUGGACAAGAGCUACGUGGAUUGGGUGAAUUGCGAUACCCAAGCUCACAGCGUGCACGGCAGCGCUGCUUCCAGCGCGGAUCCGGGCACAGGAAGUCCAUGGACGAAGUUCCGAAAGCUUCUGGUGCAACAUUUGGAGGAGGGUCGUUGGAACUACGGCGAGCCGUCAGCCUGGGUGGUGACCCCCAGCCAUUGGACCCUCAUCAAGGAGGCUGAGCUCUUGGUGGAGCUCUGGAAACAGUAUGAUCUCAAUGUGAGGGUGGAGAACCUCACCCUGGCGGAGCACAUGGCCUCCGCCAAGCGCACCUCGCUACCGUCACCAGCGGCGAUCAUCAAGGGGGACAUGGUGGCCUGGAUCAUUCAGGAUCACCUAUACCACUUGAAAUCUCCAGGUUCGCCGAGCGAGUCCUUCGCUGGCGGCUGCCUGCAAGGGCUCAUGGCGGCCUUGGGGGUCUUCGGGCGUGCGCUGCAUGUGCUGGGCCAAAGUCCCACCAUGAAGGUGGGCGAUGAGGACGGCUUCCUGCUGUGGCGCCUCGAGAUGGGAUUCCUGAUAGCUGGAAUGCUGCUGGGGGAAGGCUUGAGCUUGCUGGACCUCACCUCCGCACCAGGUUGGCCUGGAUUGAAUACACGCUUCUUCGAGCAGCUGCUCCACCGCCCCCUGAAGCCGGGCGACUUCAACCUCCCCGCCGGCCGUGCCGAGGAGACCGCCGUGCUGGGUGCGCCAGUGCGCACGGCAGACCCCAAGCCCACGCGGAUGCCGGUGCCCGAGCGCCUGCACUGUGCCACCGACCCCCAGGGCGUCACUAGCUGGGGGAAGGUGGCCAAUGCGCGGAUGGCGGCCAGGGGGCAUGCGCUGCGCGUGGCCACCGAGAGUUUGCCUGCCGGGGUGCCGUUUCCUUGGAGGCAGCUGGGGUUCCCCUACCAGGUGCCAAAUGAGGUGAGAGAGCCCUUUGUGCCAGGGUGGGCGAGACAGGUGAGGAUGUUGUCCAUCAUCAGCAACCAUGGCGCAUUGGAUCUGGAAAUUCCCGAGUUGCUCCGACAUCUUUUCCCCCAGUGGCUUGAUGUGCGGUUUGUGCUGGGUGGCUCGAGUCAGGGGAAGAUUUGCGAGAAGACCGACGCAAGGAAGGCUCCACCGUGGUCGACGCCCUCUGAUGGAAUCUACCUCCGGGAGCGUUUCCCAACAGUGCCUCUGGUGCUCUACUUCGGGCCGCCAGUGAUGCUCGUGGUGGCUGAGGACCUGGCUUUAGGCCGUCACAAGCUGGUGGAGACCUUCUGGCACCACGUGCGGCGCUUGACGCGACAGGCAGUCACGGGCGAGGUCUUCAUUGCGGCGGAGUCUCUGUUUCGGGCCGAGCAGUUCUUCUGGCAGACAGGGGCGGAGGUGCCUUUCCUCCGUCCCAUGUCCACCUGGGUGAAUUGCAGCUACGCCCCGCGUGGCGCCACGCGAGGGGAAGCAGAGGUGCUGGUGCACAACCGGGGGCGCCUCAAGUAUGAGAGUGCUUUCCUUGAGUCUCUGCGGCUGAUGCCAGGGCCCAAGUUCCCCUACCGCAUUGUGCCGCAAGAGGGGCGUAUCAUCCCCUUCUCCGAGUUGGCGGGCUACCACGCGGCGGUCAUUGUGCCAUGGUCGCCUGAGCUUUGCAUGCUGAGGCAUCUCUUCAAGAUGCGAAUGCCCUUGCUCGUUCCGCAGCUCUCCUUGCUCCGGAACCUGGUGCAUGUGGCCAACAUGCGGCUCAUGCCGCAACCUGGUCUUGAUGAUUGGAGGAUGCGACCGAUCGGACACUGCGGAGGGAUGCAGGUGUAUGGGUUGAGGAAGGAUCUCAAAGACGUGCCCCUGGCGGUCCGGCCUCCUUGCAUUGGUGGGGGAAAGGUAUCCCUACAACGCCUACGACCCCUGGAGCGACCGCGCGCACGUGGCCGCCGUGCACCCCUUCGACCCCUUCGAGGACACCGUCCUGGCGCCCUCCAACGUGCGGGGCAUCCAGGCGCGUGCCUACUGGGCGGAGUACUCGGAGUACCUCCUCGUGCCUGAGCUCUUGCGCUUCAGCAGCGGCGCGGAUCUCCUGGCGCAGCUGAACGCCAUGGAGGGCCGCAAGGUCUCGGCGCGCAUGGGCGCAGCCUACCGGAACGACCUGAAAGAGACUGAAUGCCGGGCUUUGGUUUCAAGUCGCCUCCAGCAUCCCCCAGCACUGUCUUUUUGUGACGCCGCCAUGAGGAUGCAGAGCUUCUGGCAGGAGCUGCUGCCCGUGCUCGUUGGGGAG